AUGGCGUCUCAAACUUUCUACGGGAGGUCACUGCCUUCGAAGUUGGUUGAUUAUCGGUCUACAGAGUCCAAAAAUCGCCUUUGUCGUUCUUUGCAAUCAGGCCUUGCUGUACCUUACUUAGCUUUGUCAUCAUGUUUUAAUACUCAGGCCGAGCCCGCCUUUUGUGGGUUAAGUACUUUGGCGAUCAUUCUGAACUCACUUCGCAUCGACCCUCAGCGUGUUUGGAAAACAAUUUGGCGGUGGUAUUCAGAAGAGCUGUUGGAAUGUUGUCGCCCUUUAGAGGACAUGAAAGUUUCGGGGAUCACUUUGGACGAAUUUGCUUGCUUGGCAGAUUGUAAUGGCGCUAGUGCAAGCCUUGUUCGGCCAGUUGAUUCUAAAGAACAGUACGAGGAAUUUAUCCAAACCGUUCAUCGUGUUUGUACCGGUGGACGACUGAAACAAAGCGAUCGGGAGAAAAAUUUCGAUGAAGAAAACCCUGAGGAAUUCAUGGCAAUAUCAUAUUCAAGGAAGACACUUGGACAAACUGGAGAUGGUCAUUUUAGCCCCAUUGCUGCAUUGGAUGUUGAAACUAACUCUGUACUCAUUUUUGAUACGGCAAGGUUUAAAUACCCUCCCCACUGGGUACCUCUUGAUCUGUUGUUUCAGUCAAUGUUACCUAUUGAUAAUACUACAGGAAAGAGCCGCGGUUAUGUAGUUUUGAAGGCAAAAUGUGAAUAUCAAGGGAGAAAGGUCUGCUGUAUUUUGAAAGAACCUACAUCUGAAGAUGUCUUGAAAGAUGGCUUACCUGAACCGAAACCAGUUUAUGAGAGUGGAAAACUCAACGGAACAGCUUGUUUGAAGUGUUGGGGGUCUAGUUUGGUAACCAGUCAAUAG